GUUUCCUUUCCCAUAAAUUCCAUUGUUGUCGUAGUUAUGGUAUGGGUGUUACUACAGUCGGUGCUGAGAUGGCAAACUCAUCGAGUUUCCUUUUACUGCGAGAAAAGCAUCCCAAUACCCAGUUACCCUCUUCUAUCUCUCUCUUUCUCCAAAACCCUAAUCUUCUUUUUCCAUUACGAAAACUUCCUCUUUGGACUCUGCAAUUUAUUCCAAGUUGAUUAGGUACCUCUUACUCAGGUUGAUAGUAUAUUGGAGCAAUUCAUGGCAGGUAAUGGCCUGCCAUCUGUGGGUCGUGUGAAGUUAACUGAUCUAGUACCUGCUGAAGGCCUACCGUCCGAUUCUUACAAAUUAUCAGUUUCAACUUUAUCGCAAUCACUGGCCCAGUACUCUGCUGCAAUCAUUCAGUUUCCUGCAAGUGAUGGAGCUCUUUUGAGAGCUGGUUUAGACUCUGCUCGCCUCUACUUCCAUCAAAAAGCACCAUACCCACCUGCAGAUUUGAUUAAUACCAAUGAUCCCCGUGAGUGGUGCAAGACUUCUGGUUACUAUGCAGAUACUCAACAGUGGCAAGAAACCUAUGAUUAUAGACCUGGCCUCACUCCUUCAGAGCUCAAUAAUACGAUAGAAUUUCCUCCGGCUGGUUUGCCAGAUAUAUUUGCUCUCCUUGGGAAGGCAGCUAGGGAUAUUCUAGAUGCUGUCAGCUACUAUUUGAACUUGCGCAGCUCACCCUUCUCUGACAUACUUGAUAAUGUUCCCCUGAGAACUCGGGAAAUAUCAUCUUCUGUACUAUCUGCCUGCUGUCAUGCAAGACCAUCAUUUCAGGGAGCCCAACACCAUAAUUUUGCAACCCAAGAGGAUGGGCAGUUGAUAAUGUUUUCUGACCAUGAGCAUCAAGUUGACAAAAGCUUGAUAUCUCUUGUUAAGUCGGAUAAAGCUGGUCUACACAUAAAAGACUUCCAGGGUCGGUGGGUUCUUGUGGAUGGAGAUCUUGGUCCCCAAGAAGCAAUUGUCUACCCUGGACUUGCACUCUAUCAGGCAACUGCAGGAUAUGUCACCCCAGCACUGCAUAGAACAGAGAUAGGCAAUCUGCAGAAUAACUUGUUUGGGCGAUGCUCUCUGUCUUUCAAACUCAUGCCCAAAUCUAUGACUAGUCUCACUUGUUCAGAGAUGAGAGCUGCUGGUCAUGGGGUGGAAGCUCAAUUCCAGCUUCCAGUUCCAGUUGAGGACUUUAUGCAGAAAUCCCAUCCAACUGAUCAACUCUUUAACCGGCAGAAUUUCCAAACUUUCAAUUUCCAAGCAACCCAAGAUGGAUCUGUAAAAUCUUCAAUGAGGAGGAGAAAGAAUGAUUCAAGGUCCAAACCUCUGCCACCUUCAAAGAGAUUACGGCUUGAGGCUCAGAGAGUACUAAAGGAAAGAGUUCAGGACAUUGCAGACAAGGAGGGAAUCAAGCUGAGGUUCUGCAACCUGAAGGAAUGUGAGAAUCAUGUUCAUACUCUUGAUAGUCCCUGUGCGAGUAUAAGAAUGAAGAUAGGGUGGCCAUCUGGAGUGCCAUUUGUUCAUCCCCAUGAUCUACCCAAUAAGGCAAAGCUUGGCUUUCUUGAAGCAUAUGAACCUGGAUGGACGGCAACUCAUGAUAUGGAGUUAAGUCUAACUGAACCUGGACAGACCAGUCAACACUCGGCUAAUUGUAAUUGAACCAAUCUCCUUGAUUUCCAAUAUGGCCAUCCUGAUCAGUUUCUAUCGACAUUGGUGUUUUCAGGAAUCAUGCUCAAUGAUUUACAGCUUCUUGUUACUAGAUAAGAUUCUGAAUGCUCUCACUGAAGACCUGGUUAUGACCCUUCAGCUAUUUUACGCAUAUUUUUUGUUAGAAAUUGGUUACAUAAAUGAAACAUAGGGUCCAUAAUCCAGUGUUAGGUUAUUUGUGAAUAUAAAAAGUUUCUGUAAAAAUAAACUCAUCUUUGACAGGUCUUGAGGGUACCCGAUAUAUAUAAUUUUUCAAGUACCCUCUUGAGAAGAGUAUUGUGAGGAUCAGAGAAAUGAAGUCUGCAUUAGAGAUUCAAAAGGGCGACAAAAGUUCAAGCCCUGAAGGUGAAAACAAAGGGAGACAAAAGUUCAAGCCCUAAAGGUGAAAACAAAGUCUUGAGCAACCUUUUUCCUUACAAACUGCCUACCUGCUGCACUAUUGCAUUACAGAGGAUUGUCUCCGUUUUCUUGAAAAGUACAAUAGAUGUAUGUAUAUAACCAUUGGGUUAUAAAAUAAUCAAUUGUACUUUGUAAUUGAAAGUCCUGAAGCAUAUACAUUUGCAAUUUUUCUUCU